UAAUUCAUCCCGACUGUAGAGGGCGCUGUAAUAAGAGCACUACUAUAGCAGCAACGAUUGCUGGUUUGUUUUUACUGUGCCCGUUGGUCAGUUCGAGAUUAGAGAAUCAAGGGGAGAUCACUCAACUCAAAUAGUGUAACAGUAUGCAAAGUCUGUCAGUGCAGGCACUGACUCUGCGACAGCUGGGCAGACUGAACUCUCUGCAGCUGCUCUCACCGUGCCAUGGCUCCGGCCUCAGCAUGUGGUGCCCACGGACGUUACAUGCUCGUCAGCUGUGGGGUUCAGCCACUCCACAGACGCACCGAACAGCUAUGUGGCAAAGAUCAUGGGAUGCUCGGCAAAGCUGGUUGCUCCACCAAACACGGCUCAAGAGCACAAGAAAGAAAGGGAAGCAGAAAGUAAUGCAGCAGGAGGAAGAGGAGGAGGAGGAGGAACAGGAGGGUGCAGAGGCUAGUGAUUAUGAGGACGAGCUUCAAGAUGACCCAGGCCUGCCAAAAGACUACAAAGACCAUGAAAAAACUGUCCAGUCUCUACGUUUCGAUCUGGUUUUGAAGGCUGGAUUGGACAUUGCACGACAUGGUGUGGAGGAUGCUUUUUAUAGCCUCAAAUUGAGACUGAAUGGUCAGAAGCUCUCAAAAAAGAGCAAAAUGGUUAAAGUGGGGGAUACACUGGAUCUGAUUCUAAAUGAGGACAAGGAAAUGGACACAGUCUUGCUGAAAAGAGUGAUCUUAAAAAAGGUGGUUGGAGAGACAAAAGAUGCAGAAAAGCAGAGAGUCAUUCUAAGAAGCUGGAAACACCUACAACUUCCCAGAAAGGAUGUGUACAAGCAGUGAAGACCAAUUCUAUUAUGUGUUUGAUAGGUGAAAGGUCAGAAACUGGGACAAAAGUGGUAUUUCCUAUUUCAUUCUCCAGCCGUUUGAUUCAGUGUUUUCUCUGCACAACAAAAACUGAAGGUCUUUCUCACAUCUGUUCACUUGACAGUAGUUCUCAUACUAGUUAGUUCUCAUGUUCUCAUACUACUUGCAGAUGUUUUUAUGAACUUUACAGGUCACAAAUGGAACACAAACACAUCCUAAUGUUUAGAGGUGGUUUGUGUUAUAUGCAUUUUUUUUGUAUUUUUAUUUAGUAUUUACUAGUUUCACAAAAAUACCAUUGUGAGAUCAGAUUGCGUUUGGGAUAUUAAAUGUUUUCAGGAUUUUUGAUCCCGUUUAUAGCUUAUUUAGCUUACUAUUGUCUUUAUGACAUAGGUAGAUUUUCAGUGAGCAGUCUUCAGAAAAGGUACUGAGAGCCUCUGCAUACAACUGUACUUAACAGAGCCAGAUUAAAAAAGAAAUGUUUUGCACAGCAUGUUUGCAGAUUAUUCAAAAGUGAGUCCAAACCUAAACAAAUACAGGUUCCAAAACUGUAUUGCUUACUUUUUUUCUUCAUUAUGAUGACCAGUGGUGGAAUGUGUAAAGAACACAAAUUUGAUCUUGAUAAACAUCAAAGAUAAACGUAUCUGUCUUAACUUAGUUUUUUUUAAGGUUUUCUCUGAGGAUAAAGGGCUCCCAUUGACCCUGACUGUGUAUAUGAAUUAUAAUAAAAGGAUCAUGAAACCCA